GAAGCGUCCCUAUAAAAGCAAAACAAACAGAUAAACUCAUUAAGACUCUAACUAGAUAACAGAAGGAAAACAUUUGAUGAAAAAAUUGAAGAUAAAGUGGAAAGCCAAUGCUUUCAAAACAAAUACUAACACUUUCAAAACCGUUGUUAAUUCUUCUCAUACUAUUCUGCGUUAAUCCUCUGAAAAGCCAAUGCUUUUGAAUCUUGACACCAACACACUUGCACUUGUUACUGUUCCACGCGAAAAAUCUCUACCCAUUUCAAUUCCCACUAAAACCACUCAACAACAACCCCUUCCUCAUUCACCCAAUGACACUGACCCAGAAUCUCGAUUCAAGAAAUUCAAUUUGCACCAAAACGCUGAGAAAAAGGGCAACAACAGUAAUAAUGGGUUUGUUUUGAGGAAAACAAAUGUGCACUCCAAGUGUUCGACAAAAUGGGUACGUUACAAUGGACGCAUUCCGGCUAUUCUACAUAAUUUGAAUACCAUUCAUGAUUUGGAUAAGGCUCUUAGACCUUGGCAAGAGAGACUUAGCAAGAAGGAAAUGAGUAUUAUAUUGAAGGAACAAGUUUGUUGGGAGAGGGCUUUUGAGAUAUUUGAGUGGCUUAAGAAAAAGGGUUGUUAUGAAUUGAAUGUGAUUCAUUACAAUAUCAUGUUUUGGAUACUUGGUAAAGGGAGGAAAUGGAGACUUGUGGAGAGUUUGUGGAAUGAAAUGAAUGUAAAUGGAGUUGUACCUGUAAAUUCGACGUAUGGAACGUUGAUUGAUGUUUAUAGUAAAGGUGGAUUGAAAGAAGAAGCGCUUGGUUGGCUUCAAAGGAUGAAAAGUCAAGGAAUUGAACCUGAUGAAGUUACAAUGGGGGUUGUUGUUCAGUUGUACAAGAGGGCGGGAGAGUUCCGAAAAGCGGAAGAGUUUUUUAGGAAAUGGUCAAGAGGUGAACCUUUGAGAGUAGAGAUUGAUCAUAAUACAGUUGAUACUCGUCAUGUUUGCAAUGAGGUGUCACAUGUGAAUGUUUGUUUAAACUCGCAUACGUAUAAUGCCUUGAUUGACACAUAUGGGAAGGCCGGUCAAAUUCGAGCGGUGUAUGAAAUUUUUGCUAAGAUGAUCAAACAAGGUGUAGUACCGACUACGGUGACGUUUAAUACAAUGAUUCACUUGUAUGGAAACCAUGGACGUAUACGGCAAGUAAGUUUGUUGUUUCAGAGAAUGGAAGAACUUCAAUGUCCACCUGACACUAGGACAUAUAAUAUCCUUAUUUCUGUUUGUGUUAAACAUAAUAAUAUCAAUUUGGCAGGAAAAUACCUUGCAAAAAUGAAAGAGGCCUUCCUUGAGCCAGAUCUAGUGAGUUAUCGAACCAUCUUGUACGCGUACUCAACUAGGAAAAUGGUCCAAGAAGCUGAAGAGCUCAUACGGGAGAUGGAUGAAAGAGGUUUUAAGAUUGAUGAAUUCACCCAAUCUGCGUUGACUAGGAUGUAUGUAGAAUCGGAGAUGCUGGAGAAAUCAUGGUUAUGGUUCAUGCAAUUUCACCUAGCUGGGAAUAUGACUUCUAGCUGUUAUUCUGCCAGCAUUGAUGCGUAUGGCGAAAGAGGGUACACAUUAGAAGCAGAGAAAGUCUUUUUGUGCUGCAAAGAAAGAAAGAAGCUUAGUGUCCUUGUAUUUAAUGUGAUGAUUAAAGCUUAUGGGAUAGGGAAAUGCUAUGAUAAAGCAUGCCAAGUAUUUGAUUGUAUGGAGAAAUUUGGUAUUGUUGCAAAUGAAUGCAGCUACAGUUCUCUCAUACAUAUUUUGGCCAGUGCUGACAAGCCACACAUUGCAAAACCUUAUCUGAAAAAAAUGCAGGAGGCAGGAUUGGUGAGUGAUUGCAUUCCAUAUUGUGCUGUCAUAUCAAACUUUGCGAAGUCCGGUCAAUUGGAUGCUGCAGAAGAGUUAUACACUGAGAUGAUUGGAUAUGCUGUGCAGCCUGAUGUUAUUAUUUACGGCGUAUUAAUCAAUGCUUUUGCCGAUUCUGGAAAUGUUAAAAAGGCUACCAAUUAUUUAGAUCAAAUGAGGCAGGCAGGCUUGCCUGGGAACUAUGCCAUACAUAACUCUUUGAUAAAGUUGUAUACUAAAGUAGGCUACCUGAAAGAUGCACAAGAAACGUACAAGUUGUUUCAAUUAUCUGAUCAAGGUCCUUCGGUAUUUUCUUCUAAUUGUAUGAUCGAUCUUUAUACUGAGCGACUUAUGAUUGAACAAGCAAAAGAAAUAUUUGAGAGUUUGAAGAAAAACAGCAUUGCAAAUGAGUUUUCAUAUGCAAUGAUGCUAUGUAUGUAUAAGAAAAUUGGGAGAUUGGAUGAAGCCACUCAAAUUGCAAAACAGAUGAGAAAACUGGGUCUCUUGACUGAUUUAUUGAGUUAUAAUAAUGUGCUUGGCUUGUAUUCAAUGGAUAGGAGGCUUAGGGAUGCUAAAGAGACAUUCAAGGAAAUGAUAGAAUCUGGAAUUCAGCCAGAUGAUUUUACAUUCAGAGCUCUUGGAAAUCUUUUGCUGAAUUUUGGUGUUUCAAAGCAGAAUAUUGGCAGGCUAGAAGUAAUGGUUAAGAGGGAUACUCCUCGUGGCCUGAAAGCAUGGAUGGUGGUGCUAUCACGCUUGCUUGAUGGAAAUGAUUACAUAGAUGAUUGGAAGUGAUUACUCAUGGGUGAAGCUUCCUAAUCUGGCUUUACAGGGAGCUGGUUGUUUGCUCCUUUGUUGGCAACAUGGCUGACGCCAUAGUUUGAGCAUUUCAGUCAUGGCAUCUAGAAUCACCACUGGAUUCUAGGAUGGGAACAUGUUUUGACUCCUUUAAUGAGUAUUCCUUGAAGGUUUUUUUGAACAAGAGUAUUCCUUGAAGGUUGGUAAUGUGAAUCAGAUUGUUGAGAUCUCUUCAACUUUGGAACUAUAGGAACUUUAUACCCUUCAGUUCAUUUUGAUGACAGAAGUAAUUUGAUAUUGAGAAUGAGAAUAAGAGUAAGGGAAAGUUGAACAAAAUUAGAGAAAUACAAUCAAAAUAAUAACUUGCAUCUUUCAAAAAUUUGUCAAAGACACAUUCCAACAAAACUCAUCUCAUAGUUUAUUGGAGAUUACUGAGGAUAUGUGUGACAGCAGGACUGACCCUGUAUGAUACUGAUGUGCAAACUAUUAGACUCCCCAACUUGAUUUCUAUUCUAUUCAGUUAGUUAUGACAGUUAUUUUUGUAAUUUUUCUGCUGUGUCAAUUAUGUUGUAAUCCAUUUGUAUAUAAAGUUUCAUCUCAAAGUAAUGAAUUAUGGAUUUUUUUCAUUUUCUGCAAAA